CGUGCGCUGUGGACCUACUUCCUGCAAAAUAGUGUUCCCUAACAACAGACAAAGCUUGUGGCAUCAGCUGAAGACGCUUCAUUCAAAGCGCAGCCUGUGUGCUCUUUCAAUGGGUCCAUACCGGCUUUCCAGGCACAGAGAGUAGGCUGAGCGCACAGACAUGUCAGGCUGCUCUGCCACAGAGAUGGAUGACCCGUCUGAGCUGCCGGCCAAGAAGGCUAAGCUUGAAUUAGACAGCGGUCUGGAACAAGAGCCACGUUUGGGUGGUGAUGGGAGCCCAGCUGCUGUGUUGGCUUCCACUGAGCAGGACAGCUCUUACUCCACUCUCUCCAGUGCCCCGCUUGAUCCAGGCAAUCAGGAGCAGUCUGACUCAGACACAGGAGCAGCUCCUCAACCAUGUGGAGACGUCAUGAGCUCAUAUGCACAUUCUGUUAUGGCCUGCAAAGAACCAGAUACAGUAGCCACAACUGAAUAUACUCAACAGGUUUACCAAGGAAGCACUCCAGCAGUGACAUCAUACACCAGCCAGGUGGCCUUUCCUGCUCUGGCCCAGUCUACUGUGUAUUCAGCCUUCCCUCAGACAGGCCAGACUUACGGCCUCCCGCCCUUCGGUGCUAUGUGGCCAGGCAUAAAAACAGAGACAGAGCUGCCUGAGGCGCACUCUGCUGGUCAGCCUGGGUUUCUCAGCUUCAGCACCACAUAUACCUCAACUCAGCCAGGCCAGUUGCACUACUCAUACCCCAGCCAAGGUUCGAGUUUUACAACAUCCAGCGUGUACUCCAAUAUCCCUUCAGCUAUGCCCGUCACCACAGCCUCAACCACAGCAACUCACCAGGAAUUUAACAGCUACAAUUCGCUGGGACAGGGUCAGUUUUCCCAGUACUACACUCUGCCCACCAGUUAUGUGCCGGCAGGGCUGCCCAGCAGUGAUGACCAUGCUGCAGGUGCGGGUGUAGCCAGAUAUUCUGUUGUGAAGUUAGAGGAUGCUGCUGCAGAAGGACUGCCUCACAGCGAUGCAUCACCACAAGAGAGCCUCCCGACAGGAACUGCCCUUCCUACUAGUGUGGCUACUUCUGCUGGAGCCAAGGACCAGGAUGAAGUUGGAUGCAGGAACUUUGUUGGAAAAGCCAAAGGGAAGGGCAAGAAGCCCGACAGCAGCCCCGCAACUGACAGUGACCUGGAGCGCAUUUUUCUGUGGGAUCUGGAUGAGACCAUUAUUAUAUUCCACUCACUGCUCACUGGCUCCUACGCACAGAAGUUUGGCAAGGACCCAGCGACUGUCCUGAAUUUGGGUUUACAGAUGGAGGAGUUGAUCUUUGAGCUUGCAGAUACCCAUCUUUUCUUCAAUGACCUAGAAGAGUGUGAUCAGGUUCAUGUUGAGGAUGUGGCUUCUGAUUACAAUGGACAGGAUCUGAGCAACUACAACUUUUUGACGGACGGCUUUAAUGGCCCCAGUGGUGGAGCUUCAUCUGGGGCCAACACGGGCGUCCAGGGAGGAGUAGAAUGGAUGCGUAAACUAUCCUUCCGUUACUGCCGGUUAAAAGAAAUCUACAACAGCUACAAAGGGAAUGUUGGAGGCCUGUUGAGCCCAAUGAGGAGAGAGCUGCUUUUACGGCUUCAGUCUGAGAUUGAGAACAUUACAGAUGCCUGGCUCAACACGGCGCUCAAGUCUUUGCUGCUCAUCCAGUCCAGAGGCAAGUGUAUGAAUGUCUUGGUCACCACUACUCAGCUGGUCCCAGCUCUGGCGAAGGUCCUGCUUUAUGGCCUGGGACAUGUAUUCCCCAUCGAGAACAUCUAUAGUGCCACAAAAAUAGGGAAAGAGAGUUGUUUUGAGAGGAUCAUCUCGCGCUUUGGCAAAAAAGUAACUUAUGUGGUUAUUGGUGACGGUCGAGAUGAGGAGUUUGCAGCAAAACAGCACAACAUGCCUUUCUGGCGGAUCUCCACACAUGGCGACCUUGUGUCUCUGCACCAAGCCUUGGAACUGGACUUCUUGUAAGAGCAACAGAUGGGUGUAGAAUGAAGUGCAAAUCAUCGUCCUGGUGGCUAGUGGAGUGACACUGUGCAGCCGUAAUGAUACACACUUGCAUAUUAAACACACCUGCCUGCUCUGACUCGCGACGGUAAAGUACAGAGGGGGUACUUUGGGUUUGGAGCUGACUGUGAAACACAAAGUGACAAACGCAGUUGGAAGAAUUACGGUUCCUCAUGCCCAGCACUCCUCUUCUACGGCAGCUAGCCUCUCCGAGGCUGAAACUGGCACUGAUAUGUACACAGUGGGGAGACACUCUGCUUUUCGUCUCGUUGAUUUUUGGAUUUAAGACUCCUACAGUGAACACUGUCCCUCUAUUUUUGUUUUUGUUAAAUUUCUUUCUGGAUAACAAUGAGCAAAGGGCCAUUGUUUUUCCACAAACAUAUUAUUGGACUUCUCUAUUUUCACACUUUCAUUCAGAUUCUGCAUAAUUUCAAAAAUUCAGUCAUAGUAGUUUAACGAAAUCCUUUUUCUGUAGUCUUUUCAAAACCUGAGAGUGUUUAUAUACAUCGCAUAGAAACCAUGAAACUGUCAGAUUGGGACUGUGCUUAACAAAUGAAAUGAUGACAUUCAUUUUGCCAAUUAUGUAGCCACUGAUCUGUUUAUCUUAAAGUUCUUGAUCUCGAUCCAGUAACAGUCUAGUGAUCCUGUUUGAUCUAUGAUCAGGGCAUAAGUGACUCAGUUUUCUGUCAGACACACAUCUGAUUUGGGCUUUUUGCUUAAAAGA